AUGGACGAUAAGCAACUAGCCACGAUAAUCUCACUGUGGCACGCUGUAAGGCCCAAGGCGGAAACUGCGUUCAAGCAUUACCUCCACCUGUUGGCCGUCAGGAACGACUGGAACACUGAUGAAGUGAAGGCUUUGGAGAAUUCUGGCAUCAGUGAUGGCUUUUUAGAGUCAUUUUGGCAUGCCCAGAGAACUAACUGGAGAAGCCCAAUCAGAGGCGAGACUUUGGAAGAUGCAGUACCUGCUGAUGUUCUAGAGGCUGAAGUCAAACAGGUUGCUCGCCAAAGUAUCUAUCAGCAUGUCGAAAAAAUCAACAGGUUGCUUAAGGACAUGGCACCUGCAAUGAACGUACUUGACUUCUUCAGUGUGCCAAGUUUGUCCGUGAUCGACUACAGGAAAGAAGCGUUGAGCGUGCAAGUCCUUGCAUCCCAAUCCAUUAAGGGCCGACCUGAAUGGGACGAAUUCAAGCAAGAAAUCUUGCAGAAGCUAGAGCCAUGCCAGUGUACACCACGGACUCAGCAACCAUGCUGCUCAUUGUCCAUGACGACUGUCAUAUCCAUCCCUGGCCAUCGACUUCUGAUCCCUCCGAUUCCUCCGGUCUACUUCCGCUCCUUCUUCACUAACCUCGGAGCUCCCGUAUUCCGCAAUCCCCUCGGUACCCCUCGAUGGUCACCACCCCCUCCUUUCAAUUUAUUACCUACACCUCCCUAA